CGCUGAGAGCGCUCAAGUAGGUGUAUCGGAAAAGGGGAGGGAGCAGAUAGUGUCGUGUUUAUGUAGGAAAUAAACAUAAACAACUCCUCUCGGAAGGCAACCGGCAACAGAGGACCCUGGAAUAUCGCCUUCGGAGAUAUUCCGGUCACCGUUGGCGGCCUGACCAGAGUCGUGGUGGCAGUUUAAAGGCUGUUCCUGCUCACAAAGCGGCGUGCCGAGGAAGGACGCGUCUCUUUGAAUAGACGAAAUGCACGGACCGCCCUCCGGCGACAGCGCAUGCCCAUUGCGCACGAUCAAGAGAGUUCAGUUCGGCGUCAUCAGCCCAGAUGAACUCAAGCGGAUGUCGGUGACAGAAGGGGGAAUCAAGUACCCCGAAACCACAGAAGGUGGACGUCCUAAACUUGGUGGCCUUAUGGAUCCAAGGCAAGGGGUUAUAGAACGCAGCGGGAGGUGUCAAACGUGUGCGGGCAACAUGACAGAAUGUCCAGGCCACUUUGGGCACAUAGAGCUGGCCAAACCAGUUUUCCACGUCGGAUUUAUAACGAAGAUCAUGAAGAUUCUCCGCUGCGUCUGCUUCUUCUGCUCCAAGCUGUUGGUGGACUCGAACAAUCCCAAGAUCAAGGAGAUCCUGGUGAAAUCGAAAGGACAGCCCAGGAAGCGUUUAACCCACGUUUACGAGCUGUGCAAAGGCAAAAACAUUUGUGAGGGCGGCGAGGAAAUGGACAACAAAUUUGGAAUGGAGCCACAGGAGACAGAGGAGGAUAUCACCAAGGAAAAGGGCCACGGUGGCUGCGGCCGCUACCAGCCCCGCAUCAGACGCUCGGGCUUGGAGCUGUACGCCGAGUGGAAGCACGUAAACGAGGACUCACAGGAAAAGAAGAUCCUGCUGAGCCCCGAGCGCGUGCAUGAAAUCUUCAAACGCAUCUCGGACGAGGAAGACAUCAUCUUGGGUAUGGAUCCCAAGUUUGCCCGACCGGAGUGGAUGAUUGUCACCGUGUUGCCUGUGCCUCCGCUGGCCGUGAGGCCCGCCGUGGUCAUGCAAGGAUCUGCUCGCAACCAGGACGACUUGACGCACAAGUUGGCGGACAUCGUUAAGAUCAACAACCAGCUGAGACGAAACGAGCAGAGCGGCGCCGCUGCUCACGUGAUCGCUGAGGACGUGAAGCUGCUUCAGUUCCACGUGGCCACCAUGGUCGACAACGAACUGCCAGGCCUGCCCAGGGCGAUGCAAAAGUCUGGCCGCCCUCUCAAAUCCAUAAAGCAGCGUCUCAAAGGAAAGGAGGGCAGGGUGAGAGGUAACCUGAUGGGCAAACGAGUGGACUUCUCCGCCCGAACCGUCAUCACCCCGGACCCUAAUCUGCAAAUCGACCAAGUGGGCGUGCCACGAUCCAUUGCAGCCAACAUGACGUUCCCAGAGAUUGUUACACCCUUUAAUAUUGACAGGUUGCAAGAGCUGGUACGAAGAGGAAACAGCCAAUAUCCUGGAGCCAAAUACAUCAUACGCGACAACGGAGACAGGAUUGACCUGCGGUUCCACCCGAAACCAAGUGACCUUCAUCUGCAGAUCGGCUACAAGGUGGAAAGGCACAUGUGCGACGGUGACAUCGUCAUCUUCAACCGACAGCCCACACUUCAUAAAAUGUCCAUGAUGGGCCACAGGGUGCGGAUUCUGCCGUGGUCCACGUUUCGACUCAACCUCAGUGUCACCACCCCGUACAACGCUGACUUUGACGGUGAUGAGAUGAACCUCCACCUGCCUCAGUCUCUGGAGACCAAGGCGGAGAUCCAAGAGCUGGCCAUGGUGCCACGUAUGAUCGUCACGCCUCAGUCCAACAGGCCCGUCAUGGGUAUCGUGCAGGACACCCUCACAGCUGUUCGCAAAUUCACCAAAAGAGACGUCUUCUUAGAGAGGGGCGAAGUCAUGAACCUCCUCAUGUUCCUCUCCACCUGGGACGGGAAAAUGCCUCAGCCCGCCAUCCUCAAACCGCGCCCGUUGUGGACGGGCAAGCAGGUCUUCAGCCUCAUCAUUCCAGGUCACAUCAACGUGAUCCGCACACACAGCACGCACCCCGACGACGAGGACAGCGGGCCUUACAAACACAUCUCACCCGGCGACACCAAGGUGAUCGUGGAGAACGGGGAGCUGAUCAUGGGCAUCCUGUGUAAGAAGUCCCUGGGAACCUCCGCCGGCUCCCUCGUCCACAUCUCCUACCUGGAGAUGGGCCACGACAUCACCAGACUCUUCUACUCCAACAUUCAGACGGUGGUCAACAACUGGCUGCUCAUUGAGGGUCAUUCAAUCGGUAUUGGUGACUCCAUCGCUGAUGCCAAGACGUACCUCGACAUCCAGAACACCAUUAAGAAAGCCAAGCAGGAUGUGAUAGAAGUCAUUGAGAAGGCUCACAACAACGAGCUGGAGCCGACCCCCGGUAACACCCUGAGGCAGACCUUCGAGAACCAGGUGAAUCGUAUCCUCAACGACGCUCGUGACAAAACGGGGUCUUCUGCCCAGAAGUCUCUGUCGGAGUACAACAACUUCAAGUCCAUGGUGGUGGCCGGCUCCAAGGGCUCCAAGAUUAACAUCUCGCAGGUUAUUGCCGUGGUGGGGCAGCAGAACGUGGAAGGUAAGCGAAUCCCGUUUGGCUUCAAGCACCGGACUCUGCCUCACUUCAUUAAAGACGACUACGGUCCUGAGAGCAGAGGCUUUGUGGAGAACUCCUACCUGGCCGGGUUGACGCCGACAGAGUUCUUCUUCCACGCCAUGGGAGGCAGAGAGGGUCUGAUUGAUACGGCCGUCAAGACGGCCGAGACAGGGUACAUCCAGCGUCGUCUGAUCAAAUCCAUGGAGUCCGUGAUGGUGAAGUACGACGCCACCGUGCGGAACUCCAUCAACCAGGUGGUGCAGCUGCGCUACGGCGAGGACGGCCUGGCGGGGGAGAACGUCGAGUUCCAAAACGUGGCGACGUUAAAACCCUCGCACAAGGCCUUCGAAAAGAAGUUUAAGUUCGAUUGCACCAACGAGCGCGCGCUGAGGCGGAUACUGCAGGAGGACGUGGUGAAAGACGUGCAGACCAACGCCCACGUGCAGGGCGUCUUGGAGAGGGAGUUUGAGAAGAUGAAGGAGGACAGGGAGAUCCUGCGAGCCAUUUUCCCGACCGGAGACAGUAAGGUGGUGCUGCCGUGCAACCUGGCCAGGAUGAUCUGGAACGCCCAGAAGAUUUUCCGAAUCAACCCUCGAACCCCAACAGACCUGAAUCCUCUGAGAGUGGUUGAAGGCGUUCACGAUCUGAGCAAGAAGCUGAUCAUCGUGAACGGAGACGACCCCCUGAGCAGACAGGCCCAGGAGAACGCCACGCUGCUGUUCAACAUCCACCUGCGCUCCACGCUCUGCUCCAAGCGCAUGACGGAGGAGUUCCGCCUUUCCACCGAAGCUUUCGACUGGCUGCUGGGAGAGAUCGAGACCAAGUUCAACCAGUCCAUUGCUCACCCAGGUGAAAUGGUCGGUGCUCUGGCUGCUCAGUCACUGGGAGAGCCGGCCACCCAGAUGACCCUGAACACUUUCCACUACGCCGGUGUGUCUGCCAAGAACGUAACUCUGGGUGUGCCUCGUCUGAAGGAGUUGAUCAACAUCUCGAAGAGGCCCAAGACGCCCUCGCUGACCGUUUUCCUGCUGGGUCAGGCAGCACGCGACGCUGAGAGGGCCAAGGACAUCCUCUGUCGACUGGAGCACACCACGCUGCGCAAAGUGACUGCCAACACCGCCAUCUACUACGACCCGAACCCUCAGAACACGGUGGUGGCCGAGGACCAGGAGUGGGUGAACGUCUACUACGAGAUGCCCGACUUCGACGUGACGCGCAUUUCACCGUGGCUGCUGCGCAUCGAGCUCGACCGCAAACACAUGACUGACCGCAAACUGACCAUGGAGCAGAUCGCUGAGAAGAUCAACGCAGGUUUUGGAGACGAUCUGAAUUGCAUCUUCAAUGACGACAACGCUGAAAAGCUUGUGCUGCGAAUCCGAAUCAUGAACAACGACGAGAGCAAGUUCCAAGAGGACGAGGAGGUGGUGGACAAAAUGGACGACGAUGUGUUCUUGAGAUGCAUCGAGUCCAACAUGCUGACAGACAUGACUCUGCAGGGCAUCGAGCAGAUCAGCAAGGUGUACAUGCACUUGCCUCAGACCGACAAUAAGAAGAAGAUCAUCAUCACGGACGACGGAGAGUUCAAGGCCCUGCAGGAGUGGAUCCUCGAGACGGACGGCGUGAGUCUCAUGAGGGUUCUCAGCGAGAAGGAUGUAGACCCCGUCAGAACCACCUCCAAUGACAUUGUGGAAAUCUUCACGGUUUUGGGGAUUGAAGCGGUAAGAAAGGCGCUGGAGAGGGAGUUGUACCACGUCAUCUCCUUUGACGGUUCCUACGUCAACUAUCGUCACUUGGCUCUGCUUUGUGACACCAUGACCUGCCGCGGUCAUCUGAUGGCCAUCACACGUCACGGCAUCAACCGUCAAGACACAGGACCUCUCAUGAAGUGUUCCUUUGAGGAGACGGUGGAUGUGUUGAUGGAGGCGUCGUCCCACGGAGAGUGUGACCCGAUGAAGGGCGUGUCUGAGAACAUCAUGCUGGGCCAACUUGCCCCUGCAGGAACGGGCUGCUUUGACCUGCUGUUGGAUGCUGAGAAGUGCAAAUAUGGGAUGGAGAUUCCAACGAACAUUCCUGGCAUCAGCGUGGCCGGACCCACUGGAAUGUUCUUCGGCUCAGUGCCAAGUCCCAUGAGUGGUAUGUCACCUGCCAUGACGCCGUGGAACACGGGGGCCACCCCUGCCUACGGUGCCUGGUCCCCCAGUGUCGGAAGCGGCAUGACCCCUGGAGCAGCGGGCUUCUCUCCCAGCGCAGCUUCAGACGCCAGUGGCUUCUCUCCAGGUUACUCCCCGGCCUGGUCUCCCACACCCGGGUCUCCAGGGUCUCCAGGACCUGCCAGUCCAUACAUCCCCUCCCCAGGUGGAGCUAUGUCACCAAACUACUCCCCCACCUCCCCCGCCUACGAGCCUCGUUCUCCAGGGGGCUACACCCCGCAGAGCCCCGGCUACUCCCCAACAUCGCCCUCCUACUCCCCCACAUCACCUUCCUACUCCCCCACCAGCCCCAACUACAGCCCUACGUCUCCUUCAUACUCCCCAACCUCGCCCAGUUACUCCCCAACAUCUCCUUCCUAUUCACCCACGUCUCCCUCCUAUUCCCCAACGUCUCCCUCCUAUUCCCCCACCUCCCCCUCGUACUCCCCCACAUCUCCGUCAUACUCCCCCACCUCGCCGAGCUACAGCCCGACAUCACCGAGCUACAGUCCAACGUCCCCCAGCUACUCCCCCACAUCACCCUCCUACUCCCCCACCUCGCCUUCUUAUUCUCCCACAUCUCCGUCCUACUCCCCCACUUCCCCCUCCUACUCCCCCACCUCCCCCUCCUACUCGCCGACCAGCCCAAGCUACAGCCCCACGUCUCCAAAUUACACCCCCACGUCCCCCAGCUACUCCCCAACCUCCCCUUCAUACUCUCCGACGUCGCCCUCCUAUUCCCCGACUUCCCCCAACUACACCCCGACUAGCCCCAACUACUCCCCCACCUCCCCCUCAUACUCCCCUACCUCGCCUUCGUACUCCCCCUCAAGUCCACGUUACACACCCCAGUCACCUACCUACACGCCCAGCUCGCCAUCUUACAGCCCCAGCUCCCCCUCCUACUCCCCAACCUCCCCUAAAUACACCCCGACCUCCCCCUCCUACAGCCCCAGCUCCCCAGAGUACACGCCCACCUCGCCCAAAUACUCCCCCACCUCGCCCAAAUACUCCCCGACGUCGCCGAAGUACUCCCCCACUUCUCCCACCUACUCCCCCACGACUCCGAAAUACAGCCCCACCUCUCCCACCUACUCCCCCACCUCGCCCACCUACACCCCUACCAGCCCCAAGUACUCCCCUACCUCCCCCACAUACUCCCCGACUUCGCCUAAGUACUCGCCCACGUCUCCCACAUACUCGCCAACGAGUCCCAAAGGCUCCACCUACAGCCCCACCUCCCCCGGCUACAGCCCCACCUCCCCCACCUACAGCCCAGCCAUCAGCCCAGAUGACAGCGAUGAGGAGAACAAUUGAUGAGGCACCGCGUAGGAGGAGCGGCGUCUGAAGAGAGCGCCACCUUGUGGUCAACAGCUGAAAGACGGCGGCUUUAAGUAGCUGGAGGUGGCGGUGGGGAGGUUUUCUUUCCUCCCACCUUUAUAUCCCCCGUUGAAAUCUUCAAACUGUUCUGUAAAACAACAACAAAAAAAACUUGGAACUGUUUUGCCUGAUGGGGAAAAAUGUUGCCUUUUGAAAUAGUUUUUUUUUUAAUUGUAAGACAAGGUGUUGAAGCAAAACUGACACCCCACCCCCAAGAGGAAAUGAAAAGAGAAAGCUUAAAAAUAUAUAUUUAAAGGGGUGGAAAAAAUCCACAGUAACGUUUAGCUUUUCUGCACCCACUCGCUCGAUCUCUUUUGUUCUCU